UUCAUUUGCAGAGAGGAAGAAGCUCACGUCCACAUAAAGAGCAGUAGGCGGCGUCAGGCUAGAGCUUCCCAGUUUUAAUAACCUUCAACAACUCUUUUCGCUGUGUAAAUAACGAUUUAUAAAACAGGAUACUAUCGGGUGGGUCAACUCAGUGAAGAAAUGUCCAAAUUGUUCCGGGCUGUUAUCAUGGGUCCACCAGGCUCAGGAAAAGGGACCAUCUCGGAGAGAAUUGCGCACAGUUUCGGACUCAAACAUAUAUCCAGUGGAGACUUCGUUCGGGAAAACAUCGCUGCUAAUACUGAAGCUGGUGUUUUGGCAAAGGCGUAUAUGAAAAAAAGAUUGCUUGUGCCAGACCAUGUCAUGACUCGCCUUCUGCUGCCUAGAUUGGAGGAGAUGACCAAAUACAGUUGGUUGUUAGAUGGUUUCCCUCGAACUCUAGCUCAAGCAGAUGCCCUGAACAGUAUCUGUGAUCUAGAUGUAGUCAUCAACCUCAACAUCCCUCUGGAAACACUUAAAGAAAGGCUACGUCAUCGCUGGACACACCCAUCCAGCGGGAGAGUAUACAACAUGUACUUCAAUCCCCCCCGAAUCCAGGGGCUAGAUGACAUUACAGGAGAGCCGUUGAUUCAACAGGAAGAUGACAGACCAGAAGCUCUGGUGGCCAGACUGAGACACUACAAAGAUAUUGCCAAACCUGUCAUAGACUUAUAUAAGGCUAAAAGCAUCCUGUACACAUUCUCAGACACAGAAACAGAUCGGAUCUGGCCAAAUAUCAGCACACUACUCAGCACAAAGAUCCCCAUCGUCCAGUCAGAUGCUCGGUGUGCCUCAACUCACUGAGGAAACACUGACACUCUCUUAUCCAAGAGAACAAUGUGGCCUCAUCUCAGAGGAGUUACCUUUUCACAACAUUGAUUUCCAAAGAUUGGUUACUUCAGAUUGUCUGUUAGUAGUACAGUAUUAUCCUUUAUAGCGCAAACUUUGUUUCAUGCGGAUUCUGAAAAGAUUACAUAAAUAUUUAACUGGUUUCUGCUUUUAGAAAUUAGAAGCUGAUUUAGUCAGGGUAAAAUACUGCUAAUGUAUCAAAAGCAGCCUUGUAAAAGGGGCCAAAUUAUAUAAAUAUGCCUGAAUCAUACGAACGUGGUGUAAAUAAUAUAUGAUGGGUGGAUAUGGCUUCUAGUGUGUGAGACACUACUAUUCAAGCAUUCCAUAAAUACAGCGAGUUUUAGUUGAUAUGUCUGUAAGGAACUAUUUAAAUCCAUCUCAGUCAGUGGCUUUUGCUUAGCAAACAUUUCUUGAUAGUGUUACAAUGCCAUUAAACACCAUUUACGUCAGAAUGUUACAAAUAUCUUAACGCUUGACAUCAGCUUUACAUUUUUUGGAGCCAUAUCUGAAGAAAAGUUUUGACAGUAGAGAAACUUAGGAUGUCAACAGAUCACAUAUGAAAACGGUUUGCAAUAUAAAAACAUUAACAGUGUUCCACUAUAAAAAAGUAUUAUAUUGUAAAGGCAAUUUAUCAUAAACCCUUGAUAUUACAUUACAGCACUGGUUGCGAAUGAAAUUUGUUCCAGAAACAAAGAUAAGGCGAAGGACCUCAGAAUGUCUGUUAUACGUGACUUUGUAUAAGCAUCUCUUUAAGUCUUUGUUUAUUUUUUUAGAUUGUCUUCUCUACCUUUUUCUCUUUCAGUGUCAGCCAGUCUAGUUUAUUAACCAAUCAUGUUUGGAGAAAAUACUUUUUAAUAUCUUCACACCCUCUUGUUGUGCAAUUCACAGAGCAAUUAACAAGCUUAAGCUUUUCUUUCCCCAGCAAAAUAAACCUAUUUUCUCAUAAAUCUUAAGAACAUUUCUUUCAUUCCAGCAACUGUAGUUAUGUUUGACAGGGAGGAGUCAGCUUGUUAAAGGCAGCUACAUUCCAGGUCCUCAAAAACAUUUCAGACUGUUCAUUUUGGACAAAAGCCAACUGUAGCAUGCAAAGCAAAGAAUAUGUUAGUUUACGAUUACAAUAUACUAUGUUUUGCAAACUAUUUCUUACCACAACCAAGACAAUAAUGAAAUUAGCUUGCAAAGUAAUACUUUAGGAAGUUAUCUUAAAAAUGUAUGAUAAACACAUUUUAGGUUAUGUGUUGCAAAACUUCAGCUUCCUCUUUC